AUGGUGGACGUGAAGUGUCUGAGUGACUAUGAAUUACAGAAUGAACUUCAUAAGCUUGGAUUUUCACCUGGCCCAAUACUAGCUUCCACCAGAAAACUGUAUGAAAACAAGUUAAUGCAAUUGUUGGUCUCGCCUCCCUGUGCAUCACCUGUGAAGAAUGGACCUGGAAAGCAGGACAGAGCUCAGGGCUACGAUGACAGUAAAGAGCUUAAUGCCAUUGUCGUUUUGAAAGGAAAUAUCAUACUCUCAUCAGAAAAAAGCAAGGGACCCAAAAAAAGACCCAAGGCUUCCACUGCUAAACCAAAAGCCCAAGAUACCUACUGUCUGGGUCAUAAGCGCUCUGAGAAAAAAAGGUGGGCCUCCAGAGCACCGUGCGUCAGAUUCAAAGGAUGGAGCAAUACUGAAGGGAAAGACUGCUGCACAAUAAACUGGAGUGUCGGGAGCAGGGACCUAGAGAGGUUUCCCGCGGGCUUGAAGCUUGCUGUGUUUGUCAUCUUCAUCAUUGUGCUAUUUGUCUACAUAACUGUAGAAAAGAAGCCUCUGUUUGGUUAA